ACGCCGCCUCUCCCGCCCGCGGGAUCCUGCGCCGUGGGCUACGCAGUCCGCCCUGUGCUGCUGGAAGGGGCGUUCUGGGCACGGGGGGAGCGGUCGAGGGCUGGAGACUCUAAAGGCGCCUCCUAUGGCCAGAGGGGACCCUCUGGCGGGAGCCACCUCUCGGGGGCGCAUCAUCCUGUCCCCCACUGUAAGAGGAAAGCUCCAUAAUGGAGCUUAGGAAUUAGGAGUCUGGAGUGCUGUCCUUAGUCCCAGCCCAGUCAAGAGCUACUGGGGCUGGCUAGUCAUGGGGGAGCCCAGUAGAGAGGAGUAUAAAAUCCAGUCCUUUGAUGCAGAGACCCAGCAGCUGCUGAAGACAGCACUCAAAGAUCCGGGUGCUGUGGACUUGGAGAAAGUGGCCAAUGUCAUUGUGGACCAUUCUCUGCAGGACUGUGUGUUCAGCAAGGAAGCAGGACGCAUGUGCUACGCCAUCAUUCAGGCAGAGACUAAACAAGCAGGCCAGAGUGUCUUCCGGCGUGGACUCCUCAACCGGCUGCAGCAGGAGUACCAGGCUCGGGAGCAGCUGCGAGCACGCUCCCUGCAGGGCUGGGUCUGCUAUGUCACCUUUAUCUGCAACAUCUUUGACUACCUGAGGGUGAACAACAUGCCCAUGAUGGCCCUGGUGAACCCUGUCUAUGACUGCCUCUUCCGGCUGGCCCAGCCAGACAGUUUGAGCAAGGAGGAGGAGGUGGACUGUUUGGUGCUACAGCUGCACCGGGUCGGGGAGCAGCUGGAGAAAAUGAAUGGGCAGCGCAUGGAUGAGCUCUUUGUGCUGAUCCGGGAUGGCUUCCUGCUCCCAACUGGCCUCAGCUCCCUGGCCCAGCUGCUGCUGCUGGAGAUCAUUGAGUUCCGGGCAGCCGGCUGGAAGACGACGCCAGCUGCUCACAAGUAUUAUUACAGCGAAGUCUCCGACUAGGCCCCUAGAUCAGGGCUUCCUUGCCAGCACUGGCCUUUCUUCUACACACCUCUGAAACUGGCAGUGGAGUCUCUGCCUCACCCAAAGACUUUUCCCUUCCAGACUUUGAGUGUCUUCCCUUCUAGACUUUCCCAUCUCCUGGUGAGAUGUUUCCCACUUAUGCCAUGGUCCUGCCCUGAGCCCCUUUCCCCACCACCUUCCCACCAGGGCCAGGCAGAGAAGAGCAACUCCUAAGAGCCACUGCACUGUGUAACCAUUAGUGCAACUACUACCUUGGUGCCUCAGUUUACCCAUCUGUAAAAUGGGUAAGCAUAGCCAUUGGGAUGCUUUGGGAUGUCAACGGGCGGAGGCAGAGCACAAGUCAUACCAGAAACUGCUUUUUAUACAUUUUGUACAAGGACAACUCUGGAAGCAAGCCUAUUUCCUCCAGCCAGUUUCAAUGAAUGCUGCACCACAUGCUACACCAGUUCAGCGUGAGAAUUUUCUAAUAAAUCUUUUCUAAUACUAAAA